AGUAGAUUGACACCAGUCCGUCCAUGGCAGAGAAAGCGCUUCGGAUUGGAGUCGACGUAGGAGGUACCAAUACCGAUGCCGUCCUGCUCGAUCUUUCUUCAGAGCCGGGUACCCGAAAGGGCCGUGUCCUUGUCUCAGCUAAGCACCCUACUACUCCUGACGUGACAGAGGGCAUCAAGUCUGCCGUCCGAGCCAUCCUCCGCAACAUGUCAGAUCCUGCCAAUGCAGGGAUACAAGCGGUCUCUAUCGGGACUACACACUUUGUGAACGCACUGGUCGAACGUGACACUCGCCGCCUGGACAGAGUUGCUGUUAUCCGACUCUGCGGGCCGUUCACGCACGGUACACCGCCGUUCGUUAGCUUUCCAUUUGAGCUGAGAGAUUUGCUAGAAGGACCGUCAUUUCUCGUCUCCGGUGGUCUGCAGAUCGACGGCAGCGAGAUCGCGUCUGUCAGCAAAGACGAAAUUGUCAAUGCAUGUGCUGAGAUCAAGAAGCAGGGCAUACAAGCUGUAACAGUCGUAUCCGUCUUUGCACCCAUCGACUCCGAGAUCAAACAAGAGGAAACCGUAGCCGCCAUCGUCAAAGAGCAGCUUCCCCACAUCGACAUUGUGUGCUCCAAAGACGUCGCCCACAUCGGCCUUCUUGAGCGAGAAAACGCCGCUAUUCUGAACGCGUCGCUCCAGCGGUACGCUCGACGGACUGUGCGCAGCUUUCAGGACGCGAUCCGCGCUCUGGACCUGAAAUGCCCGGUCUUUAUCACAAGUAAUGAUGGGACACUGCUCAGUUGUGCGCAGGCAGCGCAUUUACCUAUCAGGACAUUUUCGUCGGGACCUACGAAUUCGAUGCGAGGUGCAUCGUUCUUGGCGUCCAUGGAUACAGACAUACCGCAAGGUCAGUCUGCGUUGGUAAUUGACAUUGGUGGCACUACGACAGACAUCGGGGUGCUUUUACCCACCGGGUUUCCUCGACAAGCUGCAUCUUACCACGAGUUAUGCGGAGUGAGACUCAACUUCUCCAUGCCUCACGUCACCAGUAUCGGACUUGGAGGAGGCUCUCUAGUCCGAGAGCACCCCACGACGUCCAAAGUCUCAGUCGGCCCUCAGUCAGUCGGUCACCGCAUCACAUCUGAAGCUCUCGUUUUCGGCGGCUCCACGCUCACCGCUACUGACGUCGCCGUAGCCUUAGGACGCGCACAAAACAUUGGCAAUAAGACUCACCUCUCGGAAUUGGACGUCGAGACUAUCCUCGGUGCCCAGGAAGCAAUCAAAGUGCUACUCCAGAACGCAGUGGACGCAAUGAAAACAUCCGCUCAAGACAUACCCGUAUUCCUCGUCGGUGGUGGAUCAAUCUUAGCACCGGACGAGCUGGCGGGCGUCUCACGGGUGCACCGUUUCCACCAUUUUGACGUCGCGAAUGCCGUCGGCGCCGCCAUCGCCCAGAUAUCUGGUGUAAUCGACUGCUUCCAAGACACGUCUACCCGGUCCAUCUCGGAAGCCCAGGCUGACACCGAAGCCCAGGCUCGCGCUCGCGCCAUCUCUGCCGGGGCCGACCCUCGCACCGUCAAAAUCGUCGAAAGCGAAGCCAUCCCGAUCGCAUACACCUCCGGACGCUGUCGGUUCUACGUCAAAGCAGCCGGCGAGUGGUCCGGAACGACACACCCCCACGACGACCUACCCCUCCCCGUAACCGAGCUCCACACUCCAGAAUCUACAACAGAAGCAGCCGUCCCCUCCACCCCACCACCCCGCACCGCCCGCAAAGCCCCACCUCCCCACCUAUCCACAGCACCCGACAUCCUCGCAUACACACCCACGAUCCUCAACCGCUCCUGGCACCUCUCCGAGACCGACCUCGAGUGGCUCGCAGACGGAUGCUACAUCCUCGGAUGCGGCGGCGGCGGCUCGCCGUUCCACACCUUCCUCGAGCUGCGCGAGAUGCUCCGCAACGGCGACAUUGUGCGCGUCGUGGAUCUGGCCAGCGUUGCGUCGCAAGCGCCGGACGCGCUGGUCGGGUGGGGAGGCGGGAUGGGCAGCCCGGAGGUGUCGCGAGAGCGGCUGCUUGGAAACGAGUACAAUGAAGCUAGCGCUGACCUGUGGUCGUUCAUGGGGAUUGACAAACCUGCGGCCCUUGUGGCACUUGAGAUUGGUGGAGGGAACGGCCUGAUCAAUAUGAUCACAGCAGCUACGAGUAACUUCGACAUUCCGGUGGUGGAUGGCGAUUUCAUGGGGCGUGCAUAUCCUACGUGGCAUCAAACCACUGCAAACGUUUAUGACGAAAGUGGCAGAGGGCUUAACUUGCUCCCAAGUGCAAUCUCCAGUGGAGACGGUAAUGUCAUGAUCAUGACCAAAGCACGGCGCGAUAUAGACGUCGACGCCUCCUUGCGGGCUGCAUGUGUCGAGAUGGGCACGCACGUCGGACAAGCGAGCCGCCCCCUAGAAGCAAAAACGUUGCACAUCUCUCUCAUUCCCAACACCGUCUCGUUGGCCUGGCGCAUUGGGCGUGCAGUAGCCCUCGCCCGCAAACAAUCAAGUCUAUCCCGCAUUGGCCCGAUCCUCGUCGACGCGGUCGGCGGUCCUAGCACCGCCAGGGUCCUAUUUGUGGGCAAGAUUGCCUACGUGAACCGGAGGUUGCACAAAGGUCACACGAUCGGCGAGGUCAUCAUCCAUGCCCUCAAGACCGAGGACACAGAAGACGAGACUCCAGAAACCGAGCGCUUCUCCGGAACGCUGAAGAUACCGUUCAAGAACGAGAACCUCUAUGCCGAGCAUGAUGCAGGGAAUGGACAGCCUCCCAAAGUGGUCGCAUCUGUACCAGACCUCAUAUCUGUCCUUGACGCGCGCAACGGCUCAGCGCUGGGUACACCAGACUACAAGUACGGUCUGCGCGUGCUUGUGCUUGGCAUCACGGCUGCACCUCAGUGGACAGAGACUGAGCGUGGCCUUGCGUUGGGAGGGCCUGCCGCUUUCGGCUUUGAACAUAUUCCAUACGUACCUCUCAAAAAGUGUGUGAAGCCAAAGUCCGUCAUCGAGGAGUUUGGUCAAUAGAUGGUGUCUCCGAGUGCUGUAAUCUGAGAGAGAUAAUCGUGGUGCCCUAUAGAUAUAGGUUGAAAAGUGCAUUUACGCUACUUUCACCGGCGAACUGUUUUCUAGGAUGAACUAGUAGCGCCCAUACUACUGAAUGGCUGAGAGCAGACGUGACGUUCUUCUGGC